AUGGGCAUUGUGAAGUUUGGUAAUGCGCCCAGUAUAGAGAAUCUGUUACCUAAUCAUACUGAUAGUGGGGUAAACAUGAUAGAUGGAAGUAUGGGAAAAAGAAUGAAAACGGAUAUUAUGGAAGUAAAAACUCCUUUGAAAUGGAUCUGGAAGGAAAUGGCAAGAAGGGGGUUAAUUACUUCGAAUAUAGAAGGAAGUUGGGAUGAGAUAGAGAAUUACUGCGAGUUUCAUCAUGAAGAGGGGCACGAAAUUCAAGAAUGUAAAGAGUUCAGAGCUGUUAUCCAGGGCCUAAUGGACAACAAGGAAAUAGAAUUUUAUGAAAAGGUUAAGAAAGAGGGGUAUAUAUAUGCGUCAGAAUCCACAUCAUUUGUCCUGAAAGUCAAUUAUCCUGUGGUUAUUAUUUCACGUUCUAAGAAUGAAGCAGGAAUUCAGAUGACACCGAAGAUCAUAAUUCAGAAGCCAGCAGUUUUCUCUUACAAGGAUAACAAAAAAGUUUUUUGGAACUAUAAUUGUAAUAUGACAGUCCCGGGAAAGGAGAAUUCAGUCAGCCCAUUAAAGGAGGAUCAAAAUAUAGAGCUUGUAAAAGGAAAAAAUGUGACGAUCGAACAAAAGAAAAGAAAAGCAGUGGAACCUAGGGUGUCUAUUACUAAACCAGUAAAAGAAGAGGAAGCUAAGGAAUUUCUGAAAUUUCUGAAGCAUAGUGAGUACAGUAUGGUGGAACAGUUGCAUAAACAACCAGCCCGCAUCUCUAUAUUAGCUUUGCUCCUAAGCUCAGAGGUACACCAAAGUGAAUUAAUGAAAAUGCUGAACGAAAAGUAUGUAACCAAUGAUAUUUCUGUCAACAAGUUCGAUCAGUUGGUUAAUAAUAUAAAUGCUGACAACUUCAUCUUCUUCAAUGAUGAUGAAAUACCACCAGGAGGUAUAGGAUCUACUAAAGCUUUGCAUAUAACCAUCAGAUGUAAAGGAUACACAUUGCCAGGGGUUCUGGUUGACAAUGGGUCGACAUUGAAUAUGUUGCCCUUGUCCAUGUUAAACAGGUUACCUGUGGAUAGCUCACACAUGAAAGGAUGCCAGAAUAUUGUGCGAGCAUUUGAUGGCAUGGAAAGGAGAGUCAUGGGGAGAAUAGAAAUACCUUUGUUGAUUGGCCCAACUACAUAUGAGGUAGAUUUCUUAGUGAUGGAUAUUAAGCCUUCUUACAACUGCCUGUUAGAGAGACCUUAUCAGAAGUUAAAGCUAGUAUCAGAAGGACACAAUGAUGCACCAUAUUUAGAGACAGAUGAUGAAGCUAUUGAAUGUUAUUUUCAAUCUUUAGAGUUUGUAAAUGCAACAUUCAUCACUGAGGGAAGUAGAAUUCUAGAGCCGAAAAUGUCUAAAACUACGAUGAUGGGUCUACAGUUGAUGGUAAGACGUGGAGCUUUACCAGGAAAGGGACUUGAGAGAUGUCUCCAGGGAAGAAUUGAGGUUCCGAUGUUGAAAGACAAGCAUGAUCGUUUUGGUUUAGGGUUCAAGCCAGAUGCAAGACAAUGA